UGGCAUCGCCUGGAGGCCGUCCACCACCUAAGGAUGCAAACCAGCUACCACCGUGCACGCCUACCAGAUUGACUAGGCAACAGGCAACCAUGGCAUCGCCAGGAGGCCGUCCACCACCUAGGGAAAUAUUGCGCUUGCCUGCUAAGACCGCUUCGAAAGCCAACCCUAAAACUAAUCCCAUUUCCAGUGCUUCUAGAUUACCCAACACCAGUCCACCCAUAUCUACGCAUAGUGGAAACACUGAGCAUAAUACUCCUACUCCUACACCCAUCCUUACCGUGUUUCCACAAGUUACUCCCACGACUAGUGUUAACCAAUCAGUUCCUGUAGAAACCUCGCCAGGUGUACAGAGCUCUAGGCAAAGCAAUGACAUCAAUGACACAAAUGACCAAGUUGAUGCCGAUUCAGAGGGUCAUACAAUUGAAGGAGAACCAGUUGGUGACUUUGUUCCUGCGCCCCGAAAGGAAGUCCGCAAGAAAACCAUAGGGCUUGGCUUAGAGAAGAUGAUAAAGAGAGGAAACAAGCUGCCUAUCCAAGUGGCUGAAGGGAAGAAAAGACCUGAUGUCCCACUUCAAGCAGCGAAGCUGGCAUCAGAAACUGGUGUAGCUCUUAGAGACAAGCUGCCUAUCUACACAUCUUGGAAGCUUUAUGAAAAAGAUGGGGGGCCAGUAGAAGUACAAAAAGUGCUUGAUAAAGUGGCAAAUAGGUUGGAUGUGGAUGUUAAGAAUGAUGGACCAAGCAAAUCUGCAUGCACUGAUAUCAUUAAGAAGGGAGUAAAGCAGCAGAGGUAUCACCUAAAAAGGAAGUACUUCGACGAGUCCCUCACAAUGGAAUAGCUGUUGGCCAAAGAACCUCCACCUAAAAUGAAGACAGAGGAGUGGAUCGAGCUCGUAAAGUACUGGUGUGACCCAAAGAAUCAGGAGAAAUCUGCGAAGAAUAAAGUAAACCGAUCCAAGGUGCAGCUUCACCAAAAAACUGGUUCUAGGUCCUACAUAGCCUAUCGAUACAGCCUGAGGCCUAAGUACAACAACAGCGAUCCAGAUGCUGUAGAGUUCUUUGGGGAAUGUAUGAAAAGUUCCAAAAAUGGUCGCACUCCUCUUGCCAAUGAAAUAUAUGAACGGAUGGUGGCAGAGAAGGAUAGAGAGCCAGAAGAAGGAGAAGAAAAAAAUCUCCCACCAAGAUUGUUGAUGAAACUCUUAGCGAGAUCAGCCGCUCAUCCACAUUUCUUCCUAACAUUGGUGCCCCUCGACCAUCAAAGAAUGCUCAGUCCUCAUCAACAGCAGCACAAGCACGCAUCCGAGCUGAGUUUGAGGCAACCCUCCAAGCUGAAAGAGAGGAAGCUGCUAGGAAGCGGGAAGAGUUGCAGGCACAACUUCAAGCUCAGCAGGACGCACUUGAAGAAAACCAAAACUUGCUGCGGCAGACCCAAGAGGAAGUGAGGGGGAUGACUAGCAGGUUUGAGGAGACUAAUGCGCUGCUGCGAGCUGUCCUAAGACUUCAGAAAGAUUAAGGUAUGACUGUAGUUUCUGAGGAUGAGGCCUUUGUCUAAGCUUUUGCUACAUUGCUUUAACUUAGUCUGUGCUUCGAACUUUGUGGUUGGAACAUGUGUGGUUGAACCUGGAACUAUGUGGUUGAACAAGUAUGCUGCAGGUUUGUGGUUGGAACAUGUGUAUCCAUGAUGGCUUCAGUGAAUUGUGUUGACCUGUGAAUUCUGAAUGAUUUGAGAAUUGUGGUGUCAAUC